AUGGGUAUGAUCCACCACAUGUUGAAUGGAACCCCAAUCGAUUUCUUCUCUAAGGAGCAGUCAACUGUUGAGACUGCUUCUUAUGGUUCUGAGUUUGUAGCCGCUCAAACCUGUGUCAAACAGAUCAUGGAUCUUCAACAGACCCUGAGGUACCUUGGUGGGCCAAUCAAAGGUCAAAGCUACAUGUUGGGUGACAAUGAAUCUGUUGCAAACAGUUCUUCCCGACCUGAAGCUAAGCUACACAAGCAACAUAUUGCAUUGUCGUUCCACCGUGUGAGAGAAGCAGUAGCAUCCAACAUGCUAUCUUUUAUCCACAUUGAAGGUGCUCUCAACCCCGCUGAUAUUCUCACCAAACAUUGGGGUCAUCAGCAAAUUUGGCCUCUAUUACCAACUCUAAUGUUCUGGUCUGGAGAUACUGCUGAUAAAGAGGACUAG